AUGGUAACAGCCACUCGCUCAUUGCUUGGCAGGGAAAGAAGAGGCCAGAGGGAAGACCAGCAGAGGGUGUUUUACAACAUCUUGCCAAGAGCGCAUUUUCUCCAGCCAAAUAGAGAAUCAAGUGCUUUUUCACCCUAUGCUAAUGACUUCUGCUUGAAUGGUAGAGAUCCCAAGAACAUUGCUGAGUCCCUCAGGAGCAGUCGUAAGCUGCACCCGCUGACACAGCCGGGCUUCUACAGUCCAAAAAUCCCACGAUCAAAACACUGUGAAGCUGCACAGUCCACAAAAAAAUCUUCUUCUACAAACAACUUGAAGGAGUUCUUUGCUCACACCUUGCCUCUGCUGUGCUCCAAAACGGCUGUUCUCAAAACCAGCCCUUUGUGUUCCAAACCACAAAAAGUUAAAACUUUUGUGGUGGAAAAGCCUCCUUUGAUGAGAGCUGUGGUUUCUCAGACUUCACCAACCUCAAAUCAACCGGACAAAGAGCACUUCAGCCAACUCCAUCUAAGAGAGGACUGUCUCCCAAUAGAACCCAAUAGAAAACCUCCUAGAUAUGACCAACCUGUCUGGAGUCAGAGCCAGAAUUUAUUCACUGAGGAUAUUUCUACCAAGGAUCAUCUUUCUAUUAACACAGUACAUCUGUUCCCUGAACGCCAGUCUAGAGCAGACCAGCCUGCAACGCUUUGUCCCAAACUGGAAAAGGCAAAUCAUGAGAGAUUUAACUUGAGUGUUGACACUGACAUUAAACCAUCUCAGGGUGACCCUGACCGGUCAUGUCAACCUCAAACCAGCCCAGCUAAACCUGACUGCAGCCCAAAACAAAAGAAGACACAGUACACACAACAUAGAGAAACCGGUGAUGUUAGAAACACUGAGCACAACCGUGUAAAAAGUCAGGUGAAUGUGAACUCAAAGAAUGUGUUUGGUCAGCCUCGAGUGAUCGCAUCACUGCGAGCAGCAUGUUCCCCGCGGCCUGUUCGCAAGAGCACAGUGGUGGAGGACUUGAAAAAACUCAUUGUGAUGGACGACACACAGGACAGCGCUCAGGGUGAUUCAUCACCUCAACAAAAAGAGGCGGGGCUUUGCAGCAGUUUGCGAAUGUCAGGUUCAUGCCCAAGUCAAUCAUUAUUCAGUCAAGCUUACCAAUCAAACCCAGAGUCUCCCGCACUCACACCCAUCCAUCUCCACCUGCAAACACGUCAAACAGAAUGUGGAGGAUCGCCUGAGCAGGCUGAAUCUGACCUGUGGGACAGAGACCAGCAUCCUGAUCCUGAACUCAUGUCCCUGCCAAGCACAGCCUGUGAUCUCGACUGGAAUAGUUUAGUUCAAGCAGCCUGA